GCAACCAGCUAUCUAGUCAGUCUGGGAACUAAAAGAGAAAAUUAAGAAAUCAGAUGGCUCCGGUCGGAUUACCUCCCGGUUUUCGGUUCCAUCCGACAGAUGAAGAGCUUGUCAACUACUACCUCAAGAGGAAGAUCAAUGGCCAAGAGAUUGAACUCGACAUUAUUCCCGAAGUUGAUCUCUACAAAUGCGAGCCAUGGGAAUUAGCAGAAAAAUCGUUCUUGCCGAGUAGAGAUCCAGAGUGGUACUUCUUUGGACCCCGGGAUAGAAAAUGCCCUAAUGGGUUCAGAACAAAUAGGGCCACGAAAGCUGGAUAUUGGAAGUCAACAGGCAAAGACAGGAGAGUGACGUGUCAAAAUCGAGCCAUAGGGAUGAAGAAGACAUUGGUUUACUACCGUGGACGUGCGCCGCAAGGGAUUAGGACCGAUUGGGUAAUGCAUGAGUAUCGUCUUGAUGACAAGGAGUGCGAAGAUAGCUCUGGGAUUCAGGUAAAUGAUUCGUAUGCAUUAUGCCGAGUGUUUAAGAAGAACGGCAUCUGCUCUGAAAUUGAAGAACAAGGCCAAUGCAGUAUAUCCCAAAUAGAGAGCUCGUCGCAAGGUGUAAUCAAUGAGUCGGAAAUGUCGCCGGACAUUCCAACUGCAUCGUCCUUAUGCGUCGAUCAGGACGAUGACAAGGAUGAUUCGUGGAUGCAGUUCAUCACUGACGACGAUUCUUGGUGUCAUAAUUCUAACGCUGCUUUUGGAGGGGAUGACAUCUCACGUCUGGCUUUCACAAACUGAUUAUCAUCAGCCCUACUUCUACAUAAUGGAGGAUUAUUGGACGUAAAUAAUACAAAUAUAUAUGGGGUGGAUUUUGUUCUUCAUAAAUAAGGAAUAUACCGUUCGUUUUUUCCAAAAGUAUAAAUGCAAAUAGAUCUCUCUCAAAUUUUUAUUUGUGAAUUAGCUGCGUCAUCUCCAAUUGGAUGUUCUUGUAGUUAUUUUUAU